AUGGACACCAGUGUUGUGGCUGUGGUUGCAAUGACGAUUAAAUGGAUGGUAGGAGUGGAGGAUGUGUUGAGCGCUGAGGACUUCUUAGACAUAUUGACACAAACCGUCAAUAAUUUUAAACUCGAUUUUCACCGCUCUUUUGAACAGUCGAGGAUUAGACGCAAAUUGGACUAUACUUUGCCCGACAAUGGAGCCCUCACGGAACAGUACCUAAAAGUUGUGAACACUUCGUCGGCAUUCCCGAGUCAUGUGCUGUCGAGCGCCGGUAAGAACGGACCCAUCAGGAUGUGGUCAGUCAUUGAAGACCCGGUUCACUACACGUACCUAUUCUGGGGUCACGCGAACGGACUCUUAGUUUUGGCCGACUUUAAGAUGACACCCCUCGGGGUUAAGGCUAGCGAUCAGGUCCCAGAAGUCAAACCUCUGGCCUAUUAUAUAGAAAAAGGGAAUGGCGUGCCAUUUAAGACCCAACACUUCCUAUACGAGUCCUACUUAUGGCUUGUGGUGGCCUUCCGGAGUGGUGAACGAGAAUAUGUGGCGGUCUAUCAGUUCAACCCAAACGCCCGUACUUUCCAUAGACGACAGACCAUUGAGAUGGACGUGAAGAGCGAUUUCGACAUCACAACCAAAGCUGGUAUACCUUAUAUGGCUGUCAGCUCUUACAUGAAGCGCACACCUGUUGGCCAAACACUUCAGACGGCUAUCAAACUGUAUGAGUGGAGACACACGCAGUUUGACUUCAUCGCCGAGCAAAAGACAUACAGCGCCUCUUCGGUCAAACUCUUCCAAAUGGGAGGCAUUCUGUAUAUGGCUGUCGCCCAGGCCUACAACCGGACCACCAGUUUGGAGACAGACUUCUAUAAUCACGUACCGGUCGGCGGAUCCACUGUUUUCCUGUACAACAGCCGAGAGGACGAGAAGUUGACUUACGUUCAGAUUAUACCACACUAUGCGACGAAAGUAACUCAUUUCCGAGUCGAUGGCAACGAUUAUCUCGUUUUCGUAGAUCCAACUGAAAUCUCACGAAUCUAUUGGUGGGCCGGCGACCAGUUUCUCAUAUAUCAGGAUCUGUUUGAGACGAGAGGUGCCAUCAGUGUUGCCGUCACACGACUUCCCAACGCUGAGAUUCUGUUGGCUUUCCUUUUCAAAAACACUGCAAUGUUUUUCACUGAAUCCGAUAAUGGAAAGUAUGAACCGGACGGUCAACUCGUGAUCCCUGAGAAGGCAUUUGUGGACAUCCAGCUGUUUUCGUAUCUCAAGAAUGUCAACCAUUACUUCUCUGUCUUCACGUACGACGACUACAUGAAGACACCGAUGAGUGCCGUCUGGAGAGUGGCUCUCAUAUCGAGACCCCCCGCCCACCAGCCGCCAGAAACUGAUCCCUUAAGAGUCUGUCUGAUGAAAUUAGAGCAAAGUCUGACCAAUCGCGAGGACAAGUUGAUACAUCUGACCAAACAGGCCGAUCGGGUGUGGCUCACCAAUACUCUACAAGAAGUUAAAGCGCCGGUAGUCGUGAGGGGCAAAGUGAAAGUCAAUUCCUUAACUGCCGGAACAGUAUUCCUAACUAAUGGUAACAAAAAAGUGCCACAAAUUACAAACACUGAUGUGAAAGGACGCGUCGAAAAGCUAUCACUCGGUUUGGAUGCCGUGUCUAACGACAUGAAUAAUCUGGUAUUUAAAUCACGAAAUCAGACAAUAGUCGGGCGAACAGUCUUUGCAGGGGCUAUAAGUGCCGGACAUUCAACCGUUAAGAACAUAGCGAACAGAAAUUUGCUUUUGAACGGCAUUUCAGUGAAUACAUUAGCAGAUAAUUCAUUGCAAAUCAAUAGCAAUCAAGUAAUUAACUCUCACUUGACGUUCAAUAAUGGCUUAACGGCAGACAAUCUGGAAGUCAGACAACUAAUUAAUAACCUGAACGUAAGCGACGCCUUACUGUCCAAUUGGCCGCACCCUCAGGUGGUGACCGGCAAUCAUCGCUACAACGAGCUGACCCUCAACGCCGACCUACAUCUUCACAAACAAUUUGGAUCUAUUAAUGGCAUACAUCCCACUCAUUUCGUCACUAAACUCGGACCCAAUCAACAAAUUGGUGGUAAAAAGGUCUUUCAGUCGUUGAACGCUAAGAAUAUCGACAUCACCGGUACUAUCAAUGGCCGCGACUUGAGUGAUGUCGCCCAUAGAGCCGUACGUCUAAAUGGCGCCAAUCAAGUGAUUAGCGGACAAUGGAUAAUGGAGGCGCCCAUUAAUGUCAAUAAUAUAAAAAUCAAAGGACUCAUUAACCAAAGAGUGAAUCUCUCAGAAAUGGCUUUUAAUGCGGUCACCAUUAAUGGCGAACAGAAAAUCACUGGACUCAAGACAUUCAGAGGACCGGUAGGCGUUUUGGGAGACCUCGAACUCGGGGGUCAAGUAAAUGGCAUUAAAUUGAGUCGAGACGUGAUUACGACAAACACUAAUCAAGUGAUCACCGGAAAUGUUGUGUUCAAGUCUGCCGUCGACUUUAUGAAGGGUCUCGAGUCCGAGUCUAUCAAUGGUAUGGACUUAAGCGCCGAUUCUGUGCUGAGAAACUCGAGUCGACCCCAGUUUGUGAACCGAAAAGUCUUCGACAAUACUCUGAUCGUAUUGAAUGAUAUAGCGAUGGACGCCGGAAGCACUUUGGAUGGCGUCGACCCCUCGGAACUCCUCAAACUGGCCAUCAGUAACAGAGACACUGUGUUUGAAGCGCCGGUCACUUUCAAUAAGCUAAAGGUCGGCGGAAAUAUAAUCGCCAAAAGUAUUAAUCAAUUUCCUGUCACCGAUUUGGCGCACAUUCUUUGGCUUAAAUCUGUGAACCAAACGAUUAGAGUUCCGGUGCUUUUUGACGGUCCCGUUAAAGUGAGACAAUUAUCAUCUCCUUCUGUCAAUGGCUUCAGAGUUCCGGCAGAUUUCGUACACAAGACGGACGGCGCGAACGAAGUAAUUUCAGGGCAAAAGAGAUUUGUUGGCAAUGUGUUGGUUAAUGGGAACGUCGACAUCAGGGAUGGGCAUCGCGUUAAUGGUAUUGAUCUGAAGCUAUUCGAGAGGCUAAGCGUUAAAAAACACCACAAAUCCAUUGAUUACAUCCGUGGAGUAAAGCAUUUCAGCGCUGUUAGGGUUUUGGGGAAUGUAAUCACUGCUAAUGUUAACGAUCUGAACAUAACGUCAGAUGUGAUGCUGACUAAUAGACGGCAAACAAUUAAUGGUAAUAUGAGAUUAAUGGGUCCCACGACUCGCAUCACCGGCACUCUGGAAGUCAUGUCCAAUAUUAAUGUGAAGACAACUGUUAAUAACUAUUCGUUAUCGCAAUUCGCUAACGACGUGGUGGUGACUAAUGGUUGGCCGCAUUGGCAUCAGAGACCGAUUAUUAAUAAAGCGUUUGCGGCCGGCAUUGGUGGUCAACACAUCAUUGCUGAGGGCAGUAUCAGUGGUGUCGAUAUAAAUGACAUGAAAGCAAGAGUUGUCACAUUGAAUACCGCACAACAAGUGAUGUCUGGCAAGAAUUUUACGUCAAACACGCGAUUUAAUAACGAUUUGUUCAGUGAUUACUUGAAUGGUCUCAAAGUCCGGGAAUUACCGCAAAGAGUUGUGCUCAGAGAUCAUAAGACAACUGUUCGCGGCUUUAAGACGUUUAAUGGGAACGUGAUCUUGAGAUCAAACCUCAAUCUAAGCGGAACUAUUAACGCAAUCGAUGUUCAAUCAUUACAGCGAAGAUUAAUGUCCCGAUCGCGAGAUAAUGUGAUUCAGGCGCCGAUGACUUUUGUCAAUGAUAUUAAUUUAGGACAACUAAGUCUGGAAGCGCCGGCUACUAUUGAUGGCUUGCGAGCCACUCAGUUGGCAUUUGUCGGACAUAACUUCACAUUAUUUGGCAAUAAUCUGUUUAAUAGGUCUGUGUCUGUGCUGAGAGACAUUGACGUGAAUAAAACGGUCAAUGGAUGUGACUUAAGACAACUGGCAUUGAACGCCGUCCUCUUCGACACCAAAACACACUUCCAGAGUAUUUAUGGCACCAAAGAGUUUGACAGUUUACACGUGUCGGGCAAUGUAGUCAUUAACGGACCCAUUAAUGGCGUGGAUAUCAAUAAAUUAGUUUCAAGGAUAGUGAGCAGAACUGGGAAUCAGGCGCUGAGAGCGCCGUUAACUUUCGAGAACGACGUGCUCGUCGACAGACUUAUCGCCAGAAACCUAAUUAAUGGCAUAAAUAUAUCUCAUGUGCUCAACGACGUGGUACUAAAAAGCAAAUAUCAGACAAUUAGCGCCCGUAAGACAUUCGCGAUGCCUGUGCUGGCAAAGGGCUCACGUACUCGAGUGGACGGCUAUGUGAGUGUGGAUGGAGUGGUGAACGGCCUAAAUGUGAUUACGUUGAACGAGACAUCCGUGAGACAGCACUCGACGCAACCAAUUACUGGCGUCAAGACAUUGGCGGGAAGAGUCACUUUUAAGAGGGAUGUCUUCAUCGGCGGUACUCUCAGCGGUAUUGCCGUUCCCAACGACUUAAUUCUCGUCAAUACUAAUGAAUUGAUUUCUGGAGCGACACGUUUUGAGCGCUGGAUACGAGCCCAGAAAGGGUUGAAUGUCAGCGGUUUGAUUGAUGGCAUAGAUCUGUCUCAUUUUGUCGCCCAUCGACUCACUCUGAACGGACAAAACGAGUUGAUUGACUCGAUGUUAAACUUUACAAACGGCUUGAGUGUCGAUAAUUUAAUCGUUAGAAAAACUAUAAAUAAUAUACCGAUUGAGGCGUUCGUCACCACUAAUGGUAGGCAUGCGAUCAAUGGCGUCAAAACUUUUGCCACCGAUCUCUAUGUGAACGGAAAUAUUCAUUCGCCAGGAGUUUAUAAUAACAUAAAUAUUCAUAACCUGGCUAAUAGGGCUAUUAGUCUGACUGACCCCAAGGCGGUUAUCCCAGGAUAUACUGAGUUCACAACACCGGUGUCUAUGCGACAGAUGCACAUCAAUGGCCUAUUGAACGGCUAUGACAUCUCAGAUAUGGCCACUUUUUAUAAUAAAUACACCGCUGAUGUGAACCACCUUUUGGGUGAUAUCAGGAGGCAGAUCAACAGACAAGGAAAGGCACUCGAGGCUCAGUUUGGAGAACUUCAUAGGGAUAGGACGUCCGGAAUCGAUUACUUCUAUGUCUCGCAAGAGAUCUACGAACCGGACGCGAGAUUCUUAAACAGAUCGUCUCCGCGGUUGAGGUCAAUGUCUUCAUCACAACCGAGCGCUUCCCUCAUUGUCUCAACACGUGAUGGCGAGCUGUUCUCCAUCACAGCCAACGAUUGGACGCAGAAAUACGGACACAAUUGCAAUGAAGACAACAAUCUCUAUACGAAAUAUGUUUAUAUAUUGCGCUUCAAUGGCAAGACAUACGACUUCUACCAGAUUCUCGACAUCAAUGGUGUCAUCUCUUUGGACUCGUUUCAAGUAUCAAACCAGACGUAUAUAGCAGCGGCCAGUCAUCUAUUGGGCACUACUUUUCUACUGAAAUAUCGCGGAUAUAAUAAGUUUGAAGUGAUUGAGGCGUUGCCGACGCCUGGCGUACAGAAUGUCAAGUCUUUUUGGACAUCGGAUGGAAGACUUCAUUUGGCGAUCGCCUCAUCACUCGCCGGUCAGUCCAAGACACUGACCGCCGUUAUCAACGGCGCCUAUAAUAUGAAAAGGUAUGCCACUAUCGAUGAGCUCCUCCACGACCACAAACAACUGAAGUAAUUGUGUCCAACAAACGGAUACUUUAAGAAUUUUGUACCAUUUAUUUAUUUACGAC